GCUCUUCCAUUUUUACCGUUCGCCAGCGAUACCGCGCGAGUCUGAGUCACGUCCAAGUGUGGGCGCCACGUCACCGUAAUAGCUGUAGUUUAUCUCGAUCUGUUCUUUUUCCAUUCUAGUGCUAAUUGUCUUGUGCAUCAUGUCACUCCCCGCCUUUGAUCAUCCUUUUGACGUGUUCGAGCUGCAGGCGGUGGUACACGCGUUAGACAAGGACCGCACGCUCGGCGUGUACAUCCUCGACGUGCGGGAGGACUACGAGGUGGCAGCUGUGCCGCCCUUACCGCACGCCAUUGUCAUGCCCAUGCGCGAUUUCGAGAAGGCGUUGAACAUGUGGGGCUCGGAGUUCCAGCGGAGGUACAACGCCCGCAAACCGGGAAAGAAAGAUAGAAUCGUGGUGUACGCGUACAACGGCAUUCGCGCUGCGGCAGCCGCGAUGAUGUUGAAUAACCGCGGGUACAAGCAAGCGGUGUAUCUCAAUGCCACGUUGGCUGCAUACCUGGAGCAGACACAAAACGAGCUUAACGAGGACCUGUAG